GUUCUCUCUACGGCGUGGAGGAAUGCCCGCGAGAGCGUGGCGGGCCUUAGGCCGUCUUCUGUGUUACGUCUGUUUGGGGGGCGGGGGCGGGAAAUGGGGCGACUUGGCCAUGGCCUCCAGGCCUCGAAGCUACCGCAGGGCUUUGUGAAGGACAAAAUGGCGGUGCCGGCGGCCUUCUCUGUGAUGAGGACCUUUCACAGACCUGUACUGAAUCCCGGUUCGGGCGCAGGUCUGGACGCUAGAGGACCCGGAAUGUCCCUCUUGUUCGAGUAUGGUUCCGACCCAAAGAGCUCCUACAGGUUGGAGGAUGGGACCAGACCUAUCCCCAUGCAGAUCAGUCCUUGCAGCGGGGCUCCGGUGGGUACACAGGAUUAUGCCAUUAUGGGUAGGGGCGCAGUGUGCAGAUGGGUGUCCCCUUGGGCUGGCCACUCCGUGAUGAACAUACAACGACAAGCAUAUGACUGAACUUACAAGUGAUGUCAUCUAAGCACUGAGAAGUCGGCCAAGAGUAUUCACGGGCUUUGAAUGGCUGCUAUUGGGUAUAUGUAAUGUAUGUAAUGCCUCCUUUUUCUGUCCGUAGCAUCUCAUCAGUCCUGACUGAUUCAGCUGCCUCCGAGGGUGAUCACAGGUAAUUGUCUAAAUGAGGGAUUGAGAUGUUCUCUCUCCAGUGUCCCCCACAACCAGGAGAGCAAAUGGUCCUUCCUGCUUGUUUCUCCUGGAAUGAUUGUGCUGGGGAGGGAGAGAACACCCCGGUGGUACAUCUGGUUCUUGGGGGUGUGAUAUUUCCCCCUUCACCCACAUAUCACUGUCAGAUGAUUUGAAUUGUUAUGCUGACGCUCUGUGAGGUAUGACAGGUAAUAGCAUGUUAGAGUUCUGAUGG